AUCGCGAACAUAUCGAGCGUGUUUCAGCGACAGCGAGCACGUCGUGUCCACCAUCGUCCGCGAUCCUAAGAGGUCUGUGCUUCCAUCAUGCUCGCCUACUAUCUCUCACAGGCUCUAAUGAUCAGCCUUCGUAUAACUCUUCUCUUUUCUCUCUCUCAGCUUCACUCUCUUGAACAUGUCGUCUUGGUCUGGCUCUGCUUAUCCUCCUCCUCCUCGAGGACGCUCUCGCUCUCGCUCCCCGUAUCGCGGCGGCAGCUCUUACCCGCCUCAAAGGCCUUAUCCUGACCCGGCGUAUCCUCAAGAACUCAGAGACUGGGAGGCGUAUGAUCGGGAUAGGGCAUGGGCUAAUUACGAACGUGAACGUGCGGCAUACGAAUAUAGUCGACGUGGCCGGAGUCGGAGUCCUCCUCCAGAGGAAGCUGGUCGCAAGCGUCGGCGUUCAUUGUCACCCUGGGAGCGGGACCGCUAUGAACCUCGACCUCGUUAUGGCGAUGAUUACGAUACUCAUACGCGCUCCCACGGAUACACGUCACCGCACCGCGGCCCUUAUCCUCCACCACCCUACGGUGGCUCUUCCCGACGCGCCCCACCUGACCCUCACAAUUUAGACUAUCCAGCAACUCUUAAGCAAUAUGCGGAGUGGUUCCGAUACUACUUCCCACAACAGGCUAUGGAGGAAGAUAAUGCGGACAAAGCCGCGGAACAAGAAGCCGGCGACGGUUCGAAGCCUCGUAAUGGCAUACGUUCGCGUUGGGAGAAAUACCGCAAGGAGUUUUCAGCUCAACAAUUACAACGGAUGUUCGACCACCAUCGCAAAUCGCCCUGGUUUGCUGAGAAAUAUGACCCUGCCCCUGAGUUUGCUGACCUACGUACGCGUGUCCGCAGAGUGGGUUGGCGUGGUCGUAUGGAUACCUUCUUGCUGGACUUGGAGGCUGGAAAAUUCGAUCCUGAUUUGAACCCUCCUGAACCAGAGCCCGAACCUGCUUCUCCUAUGAAAGAACUGGCUGCAAACGGCGAAAAUGCUACCAAUGGCACUGAAGGUGGCACCACAUCUACUAUUCCUGCUGAAGAACCCAAAGCGACUCCUGCAGCAGCUGACGAGGAGAUGCAAUUCAAUGUUGAAGCUGAAGACGAGCCUGACCAGGAUGCUAAUCGUGGUGGCGGUAGCAAGCAAACUGAUGACACUAGGCGUGCCAAAGUUGGCGACGAGGUCUCUGUCCCGCCUGAGGGUAAUCAAGUGAUGAUCCGUACCAUUCCACCCGACAUCGGUCGUGUGAAGUUGGAAGAGGCAUGUAGCAGAAUGCCCGGUUUUGUCUACCUUGCGCUCGGGGAUCCUCUGCAGAAACGCAAUUACUACCGCGCUGGUUGGCUUCGCUUCAGAGACGACGCGGAUAUGUCAACCGUUAUGGCAGAGCUUUCUGAAAAGAAGAUCGAGGGUUUCAAAUUGCAUGUGGCGCAUAUAGUCAAACCUUUCACCAGUAGAGUUCGCUACGCUCCUGAAGUGGCGAGUAGGCCCGAUAGGCUGGCAAAGGAUCUUGCGAAUGCCAAGAUAUUGGCUUCAGUGCUAGAAGACGAAUAUGCUGCUUUGCGGAAAGCACAUGCCGAGGCCAAAGCCCAAGGUACUGAGAAUGGUGUUGAAACGAAGGACGGUAGCAAUGAUGUGAUGAUGGCGGACACCGGAAAUGACCAAGAUGAAGACCCAGAGCCUAGAGAGCGUGGCAGCGAUGCGGUUGAGAGGCGUAUCGAGAAGGUAAUGACGGAGAUGAAAGACCAAGGAUUGCUUGAAGGACUGGAUGACCAAGAAGUAGAAGCAAAACGGACGGUUGUUGCUCUGGACCUGUACCUUGCGUAUCUUCGUGCAGCAUUCCACACAUGCUACUACUGCGCUGUUGUAACGGAUCAUCUAGAAGAAUUACAACGGAAAUGUGUGAAGCAUGUGAGGAAGCCUGUAACUAAGGCUUCGCAGGAGGUGAAAGCUUCCGAUGCAUCAAAGCCUGAGCAAAGAGAGAAGGCUGAAGGCGAAGUCACCAAAGAGGACGAAGAGAAGGAGAAGGAGAAGGCAAAAGAAACUUUCAGCAAGGACAAGGCGAGUGAGGCUCGUGACUGGAAGCGUAAUGAUGAGCGAUGGCUUGAUUGGCUUGACUCUAAGAUUGCACUGCUCAUCAAUCGGAAGGGUGUCGACCCUCGCGAUUAUGGGGGCAAAAGUUAUGAGGAAGAACUGUCGAAGGCUGCUGAACCUUACAUCAAGCAAGAGGACGAGGGGAAGUUUAGGUGUAAGACCUGUCAGAAACUUUUCAAGGCAACCUCGUUUGUGGAGAAACAUAUAGCCAAUAAACAUUCUGAACUGGUGAAGCAUUUGGAAGAGGUAACGUUCGCUUGUGCUCGACGUCUUUCCACUGAUUCUGAUACUGGCUCUAUUAGAUACCAUACUUCAACAAUUUCGCUUUGGAUCCCCAUCAUAUCCAACCGUUCUCCCAUCCUCCACAGCCGGUUGGCAAUAGUCAACCUCCUCCUCCUCAAGCGUAUGGUUUGCAAGGCCCGGCUUUUUUACCACCACCUGCAGAUUAUGGUCGACCGCCCUACCAUGGUUCAUAUGGAGCGUAUCCUCCACCAUACCCUCCGAAUGGAGCGGGCUAUCACGAGACAUAUGCAUACCCAUAUUAUCCUGCCCCGUACCCACCACCUCGUCGGGACGAAGCGGUCACAGCGAGACGGCUUAGUGAUCGCAUCAGUGGAUUUGCGCCAGGUUACGAGCAACCUACAGAGAUUCCUGCUGUCCCAGCUUCUGCAGGCUUGCCUGCGAAACCUGUCGCGACACUGGAACCUGGACCUGGUGGCAGGCGGGGUAGUCGCAACGGUGGGGGUGUGGCUGGUCCGCCACCACCUCCACCGCCCGAUGCGAAGGAAGACCCAAGGGCGGCGGCUGGGAAGAAGGUUAGCUACCACGACAUGGACCUCGUUGCAGAAGGCGACGUCGAGUUGACAUACUGAGCUUGUACUAUUUCAUCUUGUUUUGGAGCUAUGUAUGAGAUAAUAUGAUUAUUGUACGUGUUGGGGCACGAUAUACAUGUCUUUCAAAUUCUUUCACGUGUGUGCUGGUGCUGCAUG